GUCAUUUCCAACACUGCUGCUCUCGUAAACAUAUGAUUAUUGUUGAUAUUAUUUGUAAACCCAAAUUGUUUGCCGGAAAAUAUCUUUUAUUUACAUUUUCGAGCGAAUCCUGCGACAUAACUAAAAGCAAUGGGUACCUGGGUGCUGGAGGUGGCCAAGAUGGGCAUGUACAUGGCGUUUCCGGUGGCGAUGUUCCACAUCUUCAACCAGCCGGAGUACUUCGAAGAGUGGGUGACCAAGAAGAAGCGGGAGCUUUACCCGCCGGAGAGCCAGAGCCACCAUGAGGAGCUGCAGCGCGCCAUUAGGGAGCACCAUGCUCAGCACGACGCCAAGAUGCUGCGCGCCAUGGAGGAGGCGGAGCGCAAGAAGUAGAGGCUGUGACUAAUACAUAGCGCCAUCGAUCCUUCAUUAUAUAAUCCAUUAAACGAAAUAGAUCAGCUCUUGGUCAUGACCGGGGCAUGGAUGAGUAACUGUUUUGUGUAGAAUUUGUAUUACGACGUAAUAAAGAGCUGUAUUUACCCAAAAACA